CGGUUCUCGUCAGAAUGAUAGCAUGGUGUUUUGUCUUUUGAUAUGUUUAUGAUUAGAUAGACUGGCAUAGAUAUAUGCCAGCGGUGACGAGAUAGUCGAACUCUGUUACCUUAUAUCAAAUAUCUUCAUAAUACGGGAUACGUGGAAGGGUUUUGGACUGACUGUUUUUGAGCGGAUUCGGUGUGUGUAAAUGUUUAGCCGGUGUUGACUACAGACAGACGGAACAUAAACAUUGGUGACAGGCAUGUCGCUCACUACACAUCCGGACGUCAACGUAAAGUGGCGAGUGGAUAAGUACCCCGAUGCCCGGGGGUACGUCAUCCAAACGAAGUACUACAGGGGUGAUAUCGACACAGGUCUUGGUGACAUUAUACACAAUCAAACGGAGGGCAGUCAAUACAGCAGGAUGGACAGUGGUCGAGGGGAGCUCAAGCACAGACCUCUGAAGACCCUGAACAAAGAGAUUGUCAAGAAGGUGCUGGACACACUAAAGGGACAUCAUGUGAUUGCCCGUGAUGAUUCAGAUGGCCACUACUACCCAGGUGUAGUACUGAAGUGUCCAGAUGCCAGACACGCCCUGGUGGAAUUUGCAAACAAGGAACAAAAGCUGGUGCCGACACGUAUGGUGAUAGCAAGUAGUGGGGCCAUACCAAGACCUAACCUCAGGGCUGGUGACUAUGUGUUGGUGCGUGUCCUGUUGGACAUGUCAAAUCCAAGUAGUGACUGUUACGUUCCCGGCAUCGUACAAGUACCUCCGGCCAGGAAUGAAGCCCAGGCCAAGUUCUACACUGUUCUCAUGUACAAUGGCCAACAGGCAACAACACUAAGGAAACACCUGAUGAAAAUCAGCAAAUCCAGGUUUGAGUUUGCUAUCAGAUACAUUGCAGAGGUUCAGAAUCAGGACCGUAACAGGAUAGAAGAUAAGGUUUAUGUAACUCCAAGGCGUGAAAAAGAAGACAGAAGUCGCAAGCCAUAUAGAUCAAAGGGAAGAGAAAACAGAAAAGUAAAGUCUGCCUCCAGCUCCAGAAGUAGGUCACCAACACCUGUAAAGAAAGAGUUACUGGCACCCCAACGACCAACAAACCCAACUCCUGACAGCCAUCGCCAUUAUGAAAAGCAGGAUAUGAUAACCCCUCAGUUGUCUUUGGCAAGUUCCCCAGUUUUAAGUCUGAAAAAUAGGUCAAGGUCAACUUCAAAGUCACCACCAAGACAAAGAUCAAGGUCUCCAUCAUCUUCGCGGUCUAGGUCACGUUCAAGAUCAAGAACACCUGAUAACACUUAUCAAAACACCUCAAGAUCAAGUUCAAUAACUCCUGUCAAAAACAGGUCAAGGUCACCUACUCCAAAUAAGGACAGGUCAAGAUCAAAAUCAAGGUCCAGGUCUGGAUCAAGGUCCACUUCAAGUUCAAGUUCUUCUGAAUCUUCAAUACAACAAUCAGGCUCACAGAGAUCCAGGUCAAAAUCAUCAGAUUCAGUUCGUCGCAAGGAAAGCAAAGAGAGACUGCAAAAGAAAGCACAGAAACUGAAGGCUUUGAAAAAGCAGCUUCAAGAUCAGCAAAAGGCACAUGAACAACAACAAGAGGAGAUUCAAAAACAGUCAAAAAUGUUGAAGAAAUUGAAGAAAAAACUGAAAAAGAAGAAGAAAAAUGGCACUGUUCUAGGACCUUAUUCUACAAAAUCUCAGGUUGUUGAAGUAGAGCGAAGUGAAAAUUUUGAUUAUGAUGAUGAAAAGAAGUCCACAAACACAGGUACCUUGAAGGUUAAGUCUGGACUUUUGGAACAAAGGAAAUCCCUCCCCGUACUUAGGGAAGGAGAGGAAGUACUGGCUCGCUGGUCAGACGAGGGCUGGUAUUUCAGAGGUAUUGUACAGCAGGACUGUGGUGACUUGAGCUAUAUCAUUGAGGACAGUACGCGAAUGUGUGAGAAAAUCUGGAGGGAAGACAUCAUCACUGACUAUGAUGAUGCAAACCAGAUUAUACAGCCUAAGGAUGCUGUGGUAGCCCUCCAUCCCCACUACAACUUCAGCUAUGCUCCAGGGAUUGUUCUCGAGGUCUACCAAGACCUGCAUAUGAAGAUUCGUUUUUACGACGGUGAGGAGUCCACCCUGCCACGUGAGGAGAUCUACAAACUCACGACUGAGAAGUUUGAACAUGACGUUAAUUACAUCAUCGAGUGUGAGACAAGAUGGGUGGGGCAGGCCGUAGUGGGACGUAACGAUGAGAAUGGAACAUAUCACUUUGCAUCGGUGAAGGAGCGUGUGGGUAACGGGCGAGAAUAUAUGCUGGAGUGGUGUGAUGGCUCGGUCACACGCCAGAAAUCCAUCAACAUAUUCGGGACCUUCACCAAGCACCAUCCUCUAGCGAUCGGGGACCAUGUGCUGGCAAUGGUGGAUGAACACCAACAUGUGUAUCUACCUGGCUGGGUAGCAGGCAUCAUUGGAGACAAAAUCAACAUCAAGUUCUGCAAUGGUGUCAUACAAAAUAUAGAUGAUGUUCUACAGUGUUUCUGGUUGAGCAGUCGUUACUAUGACUACGCCAAAGAAUACUACCUACAGCGUAACCUUGAUGGCUCCAUAUCACCACAAUAAGACAGGUUGCAGAGACUGAAGAACAUUUAGACUAAGUGUUUUGGUUGGUCAUAUCAACUAUUUCAUGUACAUGUAACUUAAGUUGUAGGUCUACAAAUAAAACUGGACAGGAUGUAGUUAGGUAUUAAAUCCUCUUUGUUUCAAAUUAAAUAGUUCUUUUUUUGCUUUCCUAAAUAACUAUGCGAGAUCAUGAUUUUAGCAAUGACACGAAAAUGGAAAAUAUAGACUCAUGGACUCCCCAAUCAGUUGUUGUUGGUUUUUAUAUUCAUUUUAAUUGAGUUAAGUUAAUUCUACAUUUUAUAAAUACACAAGAUUUAUCAAAUGUCUUUUAUAAUUUGAACAUUAACUAAUGAGAGCUAUAUAAACAUGAUAACCACCAUCAUAGGUUUGGAGACCUUUGUCUCCCAUAACGUUUCUGUCUCAUCUAGAAAAAAACAUAUAUUUUAUUUGGAAAUGUAUUUCUUCUGUCAGACUCCAAUCAGAAAAUCUAUUGCUAUGAAUCAUGACGUCACAAUUGAAGGAAAUGAUGCAAAGCAAUGUUAUGUGAUGUCAUAAACCAAAGAUUGAUUUAGGAAAUAAUGUCUAGGUCCCAGUUGCACCAACCGUUAGAAUUAACAAGUUGUUACAGACAAUUUCAGAUAUGUACACAACAAGUUCAAGGUUGUGUGAUAUAUUUUACUGCUAUAUGUUUGUUUAUACUGAUUAUAUUCAUGUGAAUUUAUUUUGCUUUGAAAGCCACUAUUUUCUAUUGGAAACAAUUUGAAUUUUUCACUUACCACUGGUUAAAAAUACCUUUAGUUGGAGCUAUUGGGGCCAAGACUAGUGUGAGGAAACCUAUAGUGGCUGUGGGAGAAAUGAUGUUGUACAUCAUGAGUAGCAUUUAAGGAUCACAUGUCUCCCAGGCUGUAAAUGUAUCAUGAGUAUGCUUAUACAUGUAAAUAAAUAUUUACUUCAUUUAUAGAAUACUUUUUGCACUAUUGUUCAAAUGCAAGAUCUGUUUUAGGAAUGUCUCAAUACUUUUCAUUUUCUUUCCAUCAGGAACUCCAGAAACAUCACUUCAAUGCAAAAACUGUGAUAGCACUAUUUAAAAAUCCGGGGUCUUGAACCUCCAUCUUCUGUGUGGAGGCCAUGUAGGUGCUUACCUUAGAAAUGACCCAUUUAUACUUUUUAGUCCCCUAACGGUGAAACCGGGAGGGACUAUAGUUUUCCACUCCCUCCGUCUGUGUAUGUACGUACGUAACACCAAUGUUUGUCAACACACUUCAUUCCUUGAGGGAUUUUGAUCAAACUUCACACAAAUACACAGGACCAUAAUAUCUCUGACAAGUUCGAAUUUCAAGGUUUUUAGGUCAAUGUCAAGGUGACCGUUACUAUUUAAAGAAAACCCUUGUCAGCGCUCUAGUGGCUUCAUUCCUUGAGGGAUGUUUAUCAAACUUCACACAAUUACAAAGGACCAUAAUAUCUCUGACAAGUUCGAAUUUCAGGGUUGUCCGGUCAAGGUCACUGUUACUAUUUAAAGAAAAUCCUUGUCAGUGCUCUAGUGGCUUCAUUCCUUGAGGUAUUUUGAUCAAACCUCAUACAAUUACAAAGGACCAUAAUAUGUCGGACAACUUCGAAUUUCAGGAUUGUUGGAUCAAGGUCAAGGUCACCAUUACUAUUUUUAGAAAAUCAUUGUCAGCGCUCUAGUGGCUUCAUUCCUUAAGGGAUGUUAAUCGAUCUUCACACAAUUACAAGGACCAUUAUAUCUCUGACAAGUUCGAAUUUCAGGGUUGUUAGGUCAAGGUCAAGGUGACCGUUACUAUUUAAAGAAAAUCCUUGUCAGUGCUCUAGCGGCUUCAUUCCUUAAGGGAUGUUAAUCGAACUUCACACAAUUACAAGGACCAUUAUAUCUCUGACAAGUUCGAAUUUCAGGGUUGUUGGAUCAAGGUCAAGGUCACCAUAACUAUUUUUAGAAAAUCAUUGUCAGCGCUCUUGUGGCUUCAUUCCUUGAGGGAUUUUGAUUAAACUGGGCAAGUUGAAGCCAGUGAACUUUUUGAUAGGUUUAUUUGAUCAUACAUGACCAGUGAACAUGUACAAAUAACCAGAUUCCUUAAGGCCAUAUCUGUGUUUACGAUCACGAAUAUAGCCAUGUGAAUACUGGUUUCACUUAAUGAAAAUAUAUUUCUUUUAUCUAUUACAUUUCCUAGAAAUAUUAAUCAUUUCACUUAUUGAAAAUAUUUGAAAUAGCAUGUAAACAUUAUGGUUUAGAAACAUUAGGAUACCUACAGACAAAAAAUAAGUUUCAAAUUCAAAGGGCCCUAACGCUGUUAAAAGGGCAAUAAUGCACUGAAUUAAACUGGAUAAGUACCACGUUAUUACACAUUGGUGAUGAUAUUCACGUAUCUUAAUCACCCUUGCUGGUAAUUGUUUUAAUACCACAAAAGCAACAAAAUAUAACUAUCAUUUUAUUUUAUAUAAUUCUUUUGUCAUAAUACUAACAUUACAAUUUUUUGUAUUAUUAUUAGAUUAAAAUCAGGUACAAGCUAAUUGUAUACUUUUCAUUUUCCCAAAUUAACACCAAAGGGCACCAUUUUUAUAAAUUAUUAUAAUGUAAUAACCAG